AUGGCUGCUGUGAUGGAGGGUGAAGCAUUGGCAACAGAAGCUCCAUAUGCACCUGUCACUAUUGAGAGGAAGGUCAGGGACAUGCCAAGAGCAUUGGUUGCUCCGGACACAAACCAUCCAACAGGAACACUGGGCCAUCAGCACCGCAACAUGAGUGUUCUUCAGCAGCAUGUAGCUUUUUUCGACCAGGACGACAAUGGGAUCGUCUACCCUUGGGAAACUUUUACUGGAUUGCGAGCCGUUGGUUUCAAUCUCAUCGCUGCCGUUGUUAUAUCUGUUUUUAUCAAUGGGGCUCUGAGUUAUGCUACUCUGCCCGGGUGGAUUCCUUCUCCUUUCUUUCCCAUAUACAUUUACAACAUUCACAAAUCAAAGCACGGUAGUGAUUCUGGAACAUAUGACACAGAAGGAAGGUUUAGCCCAGUCAGCAUUGAGAACAUGUUUAGCAAGUAUGCCAAUACUGUGCCAGACAAGUUCACCCUGGGAGAGCUUUGGGACAUGACCGAGGGGAACAGAGUUGCAUUCGACUUCUUUGGAUGGAUCGCGAGUAAACUGGAAUGGGGACUUCUGUAUGUUCUUGCCAGAGAUGAGGAUGGUCUUCUGUCUAAAGAAGCCGUUAGGCGCUGCUUUGACGGAAGCUUAUUCGAGUAUUGUGCUAAGAUUAAUGCAGCUGGUAUGGCUAAGAUGGGCUAG